AUGGAUGCAAUGAGCUCCGAGGAUCUGAACCGCGCUCAGCUGGAGCUCUUCCACCACAGCCUCGGCUUUGUGAAGUCCAUGGUGCUCAAGUGCGCAGUAGAUCUAGGAAUCCCCAACGCCAUCCACCUACACGGCGGCUGUGCAACGCUGUCAGAGAUCAUCGCCGGCACCGGGGCCCAUGCGUCCAAGAAGCCUCACGUGCGCAGGCUCAUGAACCUGCUCACCGCCUCGGGUGUCUUCGCUUCAUCGGAGGCCGCCACGCCGCCACCGGCCAGCGCCGCCGCUAGCAACGGCGGCGAGGCGGCCGUGGUGUUCCAGUACCAGCUGACACCGAUGUCCCGCCUCCUCGUCGACAGUAACAAGCUUGGAAGCAUGGCGCCCCUGAUUCGUUUCCUGGUAAACCCUCUCACCGUCCCCACCUUCUUCGACAUGCACGCGUGGUUGAAGGCGGACGAGCAGGCCGCCGACGCCGGCACCAGCUCGACGACUUUCUUCGAGAUGGUGCAUGGCUGCAGCGUGUACGAGAUGACGAGGAAGGACGCGGACCACAAUGCCCUGUACAACAGCGCCAUGGUCGCGGCCAGCCAGAUCACCAUGGAGAUCAUCCUCACGGAGGAUGCUGGUCGCGACAUCUUCGGCGGGCUGAGCUCUUUGGUCGAUGUCGGCGGCGGGCAUGGCGCGGCGUCGGUGGCCAUCGCGGCGGCCUUCCCUCACGUCAAGUGCAGCGUCCUUGACCUCCCUCACGUUGUCAGCCAGGCGCGCGCUGAUGGUGGCACGGCGGUGGAGUUCAUCGCCGGUGACAUGUUCGACUUCAUUCCAAAAGCUGAUGCGGUCUUACUCAAGUGGGUUUUACAUUGCUGGGGUGACCAUAACUGCGUCAAGGCGCUGCGAAAGUGCAAGGAAGCUAUCCCUGCAGGAGGAGGAGGGGCUGGAGGAAAGGUGAUAAUCAUUGACGCUGUGAUGGGAGCUGGUCCUGCAUCUGCAUCCAACAAAGGAGACACAGGCCUUGUACGAUGUCCACAUGAUGCACAUUGA